UGUGGCAGUGUUUUGCCAGACAUACCAAGAUUCAUUCCACAGUUUUGGCAGUAAGCUCUAGAAUAUGGUAUGUCAUUGAGCGGCAAAGAAAAACUUGUUGUAAGCUUACGGCUUGGACCGAAGUGUACAGCUUCAUGCACACUGCAUGGAUUGUUGGCCCAGAUCAAUUAAUUGGUGAAAACUGUCAAACAUAUCAAUUAAACGCCGAGCCAAAUUAUAAUGCGACUGCAAGAUGUAUCAGCUGAGGCCUAGUCGGGAUGAAGCAAACCUGACGCCUGCGAAUAUCGGGUGACAUGAUUAAUGAGCAGGAGUAUUAAACAGCUUACGUACUAUCUUGCAUCGGUGUCAUUUGGCUGCUUUAUAUAUAUUCUAGAUAUAAAUAUCAAGCAUGUUCCCAGGCUGAACGCAUCACAAACAUUCCUUCAAGCCAACACCCGAAUACCAGCAGUUUUACCUAUCUCCAAGUCUUUGAAGAGAAUCAGUUCUCACCAAAUCCAAAACACGGAAAACAUGCGUUCUACCAGUCUGCUCACCGCCACACUUGCGCUCCUCGCAAUGACCUGUCACGCAUUUCCUGCCCAGGAACUCAAGGGGUUGACUACCUCCGCUGCCAAAUGCAGUACGAAAGCUGAUUGUACUGGUGGGGACGUCUGCAUGAUCGUCGGCUGCCACGGUCAGUUCGUGGGUGCCAACUGUCAGGCGGCCAGUGUCUGCAAUAGCUUCUCCGCACCCACUUGCGGUGCGACUUGCAACUAA